CGAGAAUCUCUCCCGAGUCAAGCAAAAUGGAUUAUCAAACAUCAACUCCCACCUAUGACAUUGAUUACGGGAUGUCAGAGCCAUGCCAAAAAAUCAAUGUGAGGCAAAUUGCAGCCCGGCUCCUGCCCCCACUCUACUCGCUGGUAUUCAUCUUUGGUUUUGUGGGUAACAUGCUGGUUUUCCUCAUCCUGAUAAACUGCAAAAAACUGAAGAGCAUGACUGACAUCUAUCUGCUGAACUUGGCCAUCUCUGACCUACUUUUCAUCAUCACUGUCCCAUUCUGGGCUCACUAUGCUGCAGACCAGUGGGUCUUUGGAAAUACAAUGUGCCAGCUAUUCACAGGCUUCUAUUUCAUUGGUUAUUUUGGUGGAAUCUUCUUCAUCAUCCUCUUGACAAUCGAUAGGUACCUGGCUAUCGUCCAUGCUGUGUUUGCUUUAAAAGCCAGAACAGUCACCUUUGGGGCGGUGACAAGUGGGGUCACCUGGGUGGUGGCUGUGUUUGCCUCUCUCCCAGGAAUUAUCUUUACUAAAUCCCAAAAAGAAGGCUCUCGUCAUACGUGCAGCCCACAUUUCCCAUCCAGUCAGUAUCACUUCUGGAAGAAUUUCCAAACUUUAAAGAUAGUCAUCUUGGGGCUGGUGCUGCCACUGCUUGUCAUGAUCGUCUGCUACUCGGGAAUCCUGAAAACCCUGCUCCGGUGUCGCAAUGAGAAGAAGAAGCAUAAGGCUGUGCGGCUCAUCUUCGUGAUCAUGAUUGUCUACUUUCUCUUCUGGGCUCCCUACAACAUCGUCCUUCUCCUGAGCACCUUCCAGGAAUUCUUUGGCUUGAAUAACUGCAGUGGCUCUAACAGGCUGGACCAAGCCAUGCAGGUGACAGAGACCCUGGGGAUGACGCACUGCUGCAUCAACCCCAUCAUCUAUGCCUUCGUGGGGGAGAAAUUCCGAAACUAUCUCUUACGGUUCUUCCAAAAGUACAUCGUCAGCCGCUUCUGCAAAAGCUGUCCAGUGUUCCAGGGAGAGGCUCCAGAGCGAGCAAGCUCCGUUUAUACACGAUCCACGGGAGAACAGGAAAUCUCUGUUGGCUUGUGAUCUGACUCAGUGUAUAUAUGCAAGCUGUGGGGGAGUAGUUCUUUUCGAGAGGAAAUUACUGUCAACAAGGGUUUAAGAUUCAUCCAUCAAUUUGGCAUCAGCUCUAAGUAUGUUAGGUAUUUCAAGCCCAUCAAUUUUAGAAAGCCAAAGCAAAACAUGCUGAUGAAACAGCAAUCUUCUCACUUCCCCCCCACAUACAACAAUUUAUUAGCAAGCUCUCCCCUCACUACAAAAGGUUCAAUGUUUAAAAAAAAAAAAAAUCCUCAGAGAAUUGUUAAUUCCUGAGUUUGGUUACCUGAACAGGAAUAACAAAAUGAACUGAGGAAAGUAUUGUAUAGUUUCUUAUCUGGGUAGGGCCAUAGCCAGGUUGCAAAUGUGAUUAAAAUAGGUCCUUGUCUUGCCAUGGGGAGAAAAGACAUUCCGGUGAUCAGAUAAGAAAUGACAUCUUCCAUGUGGGAUCUCCCCCAAAAGGUAUGUUAGUAAGUUCCACAGACACUGAUGCCAAGGGAGAGCCCUGUGGUCUGCCGAGACCUGGGAAGGCUUCUUCACAGAAAAGGGACUGGAGGUCGAUGGUCUGUUGGUGGAGAAGCUGAGCUCCAGGGUGAGGGCACUGCACAGGCAAAACUUGGCUGUGGGGAGACAGGCACUGGCUGGGGGAGCCCCUGGGAGGAAAAAUGAGGCUGGCGCAUGGGAAAACUGGACGGCAUUGCUCAUCAAAGUCCGAGAGCAGAGUGGGGAGCCCUGGCCAGUGUUGCAGAAGGCUCAUUCUGUAACCAAAGGAUGGCCUGGAAAGGUGAGCAUUCAGGUCAAGGAGACCAGCAACAAUGCGAUCAAGUGAGGAGGCUCCACUAAAGUUGAAGCCAGAGAUGGGAACAAUGGAUACCUCCUCACAGCACUGAGGAUGAGAGUCAGCAGAACUUGGGGUGGAUUUGGCUUGGCAGUGAAGGGCAGAGAGGAGUCAGAGACUCCCUAGAUUUUAGGUAAGCAUCAGAGGUGCCCUAAAAAAGACAUCAAGCAUGGAAGGAGGAGGAGGUUUAGGUCAAAACAGGAGUUGGUAGAAGAGAAAGGGUCCAGUUUUGUAAGCUGAACACCACCCUAGGCAGACAGACCCUGGGCUGUCUAUCGUUGACUGCUCCUGCCACCAGAGCAGUCCUUCCAUCCUGGCUCAAACCAUGAGGCAUCCCCAGGUGGCUCUGAAAUACUAGAUUUACAAAUGCACAAGUCUGAGCUCCAGGAACACUUCCAGGUCAGAUAUGACAUUUGGCUGGUACUGAUUACAUAGUUAAAAAAAUCCAAAGCUUUAUAAGCACUGAGUAAAGAGGCCUGAAAGAGCUGAAGGAAGCCUAAAUGACAGCUUUUAAGUACGGUCUUCUGGAUUUAACUAGCAAUAGAUAAAGAGAAGACAGACACAUUCAUUUGGAAACAGGCCGCUUCAAGCUUUUUAAACCACAGAAUAUACAAUUUACCAACCUCUGUGCUUCAACCUGAGUGUCAGGGCUAGAGAUACACAUUCCAGAUGCAUUUCUGAACAAACCUUAUCCAAACACUAAGAGACUUCUUUCAAAGGAAGAAUUGUGUGGGAUUUUUUUUGCAGUUUGCUAGUUAUAUUAUUAUUUUGUAUAUGCCUAAGACUGUUUUGAGUCCAGGGGUAGCUAAGACCAUCACUGUAAAGAUUAGGUGGGAAAACACAAAGGAAUGAGAACCUCUCAAGAGAUUAAGACGUCAGAAUAAGAGGUACUACUGAUUCUUCUCCAGCUCUAAAGUGUGAAACUUGAGGGUUGUGGCUGUCAAUAGGAAGUGACUGGAAGGGUCUUUUGUCUUGCUCUUAAAGUUGUUGAGAGUGUACACGCGGCAUAUGAACCUCGUUUCUGGGUCAGUUCAAACAUUCUGAUAUAUAUAUAUACACACACACACAUAUACAUAUAUGUGACAUUAUUAUGUAUAUAGACAGUUACAAGUUGCUUGGAAGAAAAUAUGCAUCUAAUAAAAACCCUGAAAAAUAA